CACCAGCCAGAUGACUAACACAAAACACCAUGGUGGUAACACUGUUUCAAACGUCAGUUUGGCGCUGUCAGCUUAGUUUUCUUUUCCGGUUUGCUUGUGGAGAUUGUGAGACGUCUGCCACAGGCUCGCCAAGAUGGGCGCGUACAGAUAUAUUCAGGAAUUGUACCGAAAAAAGUUAAGCGAUGUUAUGCGAUUCCUCUUGCGUGUGAGAGUAUGGCAGUACCGCCAGUUGACUCGUAUGCACCGUGCUCCUAGGCCUACUAGGCCUGACAAAGCGAGGAGGCUAGGUUACCGCGCUAAGCAAGGUUAUGUUAUCUUCAGAAUCCGCGUGCGCCGUGGAGGCCGCAAACGCCCAGUCGCCAAGGGUGCAACCUAUGGCAAACCCAAGAGUCAUGGUGUGAACCAGCUGAAGCCCACACGCAAUCUGCAAUCAAUGGCAGAGGAGCGUGUUGGCCGUCGCUGCGGUGGUCUGAGAGUGCUCAACUCAUACUGGGUUGCUCAGGACUCAUCCUACAAAUAUUUCGAAGUAAUCCUAGUUGAUCCCUCUCACAAGGCUAUCCGUCGUGACCCCAAGAUCAACUGGAUCGUGAAUGCUGUUCACAAACAUCGUGAGAUGCGCGGUCUCACAUCGGCGGGCCGAAGCUCUCGUGGUCUUGGCAAGGGACAUCGCUUCUCGCAGACCAAAGGAGGAUCCCGCCGCGCCGCCUGGAUCAGGCGAAACACCCUGCAGCUCCGUCGCAAGCGAUAAACUUAGGGUGUUAUGUAUCAUUGACUUUCUAUUCGACUUUGUGCUAUUUUCAAAUGGAAAGCCAAUGUGUUUCAAUAAAGUAAAAUUAAAAAUAAA